AAGCUGCUCUGCCUGUGUUCACAGAGCCGUGGUCCUGUCAGCUCAUCGCACCACAGCGCCUUGCUGAGCUCCAGUCGACCCCUCCGCCCCUUCCUGGGGUCACUGUGGAAGGACCAUGGCAGACACCGGGGAGGGGAAAAAGGAGGAGGCUGAUUAUAAAAGACUUCACAGCUUUCCACUGAUCAGGCACUCAGACAUGCCGGAGGAGAUGCGUGUAGAGGCCAUGAAGCUCUGUGUCACAGCAUGUAAGAAAUACUCCACCAACAACGAGAGCGCUGCCAAGAUGAUCAAAGAGAUGAUGGACAAGAAAUUUGGGUCCUCCUGGCACGUAGUGAUUGGGGAAGCUUUUGGCUUUGAGAUCACUUACGAGGUGAAGAAUCUGCUGUACAUGUUCUUCGGUGGCAACCUGGCCGUGUGUGUCUGGAAGUGCUCCUGACAUCUGGCUGGGUCCCAGACUUGCUGCAUACAAGGGAUUUCUUUCUUCUCUUGAUGGUUUUUGUACAAUCUGGAG